AUGAAUUCUCUUGCAUUUGCCGCACAUCCAAGUAUUCGAAUCAAAGGAACAGAAAAUAAUUUCAACCCAAUAGCUUGUGACAUUACAACUUGUAAUUUUAAGACACCUCACCUGCAUUGUCCUUUCUGUGUCAGGUCAGAGGUUUACCAAGAUCCAGUAAUCCUCAAAGCUCACUUUCGUGUAAAACAUGUAGACAAAGGCAUUGAAUUUGCAGGAUUAAAAGUGUUAAGAUGUUGUGAUAAUUGUGAUAUAGUGGGUGUUAUUAAAGGAGAAAAGAAAUUUAAAGGUGCUCAUUGGCAUUGUUAUAAAUGUCGUAAUGGCUUUAAUAGAAGAGAUGAAGCUAUCAAACAUUUUAAAACUCAUUUUAGAAAUCCACAAACUACAUUUCAAAUACAGAUAACACAGGAUUUAAAUCAGUCAGUAACACAGUACAAUAAUGAGAACCAGGAAGCAUCUAAUCAGUUAAUGUUAGAAAAUAAUUCUAUACAUCCAGCUUUAACACAGGCUGUAGCUUGUUUAUCAUCUCCUUUAGAAACAGAUCAUGGUAAAUAG